AUGACGGACAUUUUAAAUAUCGAGAAUGAGCCGAUCUUCGAUGAUCGCAUCAUCAAGAUCGAGACUCACACGUACAAUCCGUUUGCCAAUACAACGUUUGAUCACAGCGAUGAGAUAAGAAUACCUAUACAACAUCAGGAUUUAUACACGUUACCGUCUGAAAGUUUUCUAUACAUCGAGGGAAAAGUUACGAUAAAAAAAACAGUUACGGAAUCUAGUGUGACAUUGGGAAAUAAUUGCAUCGCGUUUAUGUUUGAUAAGAUUCGAUAUGAACUUGAUGGCGUAGAGAUUGAUCGCAACAGAAACGUUGGAAUAACCAGCAUGCUCAAGAAUUAUAUAACCAUGUCAACUAACAGAACCAAAAUUGCAAAUAACGCUGGUUGGGAUCCGUGGUAUCAUGUGAAUGAAUACUUUAAUUUUUGUCUACCACUUAACAUGCUAUUGGGAUUUUGCGAAGAUUACAAACGCGUGGUGAUUAACGCUCGUCACGAGUUGAUCUUGAUACACGCGCGCAACGAUAAUAAUUGUCUAGUCGGUGAUCCAGCGCAGGAACCGGAAAUUGAAUUAUUGAAAGUACAAUGGCGAAUGCCGCAUGUGCUGUUGAAUGAGAGAAAUAAACUGUCGAUGCUGCGUGCUCUGGAAAGCGGGCGAUACCUCAGCAUGGCUUUUUGCUCAUGGGAUCUGUAUGAGUUUCCAUUAUUGCAACGCACAACCAAACAUACAUGA